CCCGCGCUCCCAACCGUCACACGAACGCAUUGUCACGUGUGCGGCCCACGCGCCCACCUCCCCGAUUGGGCCGCUAGGGACACGUGUUCCGAGAGCCGCCGACCCUGCGAGAACUGCCGCUACACAGGGGACAGGGAGUUCGUGAGCCCCGCCCACUCCCGGGCGAAGCGUAGGAUGGAGACCUUGGAUGAGUUUGACAAUGAGUACCCCCUCAGUAUGUCAUUCUGCAAGCUGAUUUCCCUUGAGGACUUCGAAGUACAGUCUUUAUCCUACACUGAGCAGUGCCUGCAAGAACUGUAUACAAACAUGGAGCGGAGCCCAGGGAUCUGUGAGAGGGUCAUGCGAAAGCGGAAGCAGAUGGAGAAAGAGGCAGCUGGCCUAGCAUCAUUCUUAAAGGCCAAGUUUUUCUGGACCCUUCAGGGAGAGAUGAAUUACUGUAACUAUGUGGGGAUUGCGGAGAUGCAAGAGAAGGUGGUGCAGCUGAAACGAGACAUGCAGAAAGUGAACAACUAUGCUCAGGCUGCAAAGGCUGUGAAAGUGCGACGUCCAAGGCCAGUGAUUGGGAAGAAGCAAGGUCUGGAGGGAGGAUUCUGUCCCUCCUGGGCCAGGACUUCUGGCUCCACGGCUCCUCCCAAGUUCACCAUGCCCAGGGUCUUCGGACCUUUUCCCGAACUGAUGAGCAAACAGAUGGACAGAGCAACAGCUUCAAACACUGAUCUGAAGCACCACUGGGCUGGGGUGUCGACAAUGAACCAAAAGAGCAUGAUUGAUCUGCAUCCUAUAGUGCUGAACCCUGGUGGCUUCCAGGCCUCCCUCCAGGCUGGUAACCACAUCAAUAAGCUGAGGUACACCAGUCUCUCAAGGCCUCCUGGGAACAGUCCCAACCCUUCUCCCCAAAAGGCAGGCCCUUCUGACAUGAAAUCCACACCUUCUGUUUUUGAAACUCCCAUGCUGUCCAGGUUUCAAGGUGGCUCAGAAGAUGACAUGGAUAAUGAGAAACCUGGCCCCAGUUCCCCUCCAAAGGGGGCAUAAUUGUCUCUUCCUGUAUGGAAAGUUGCUACAUGAAUAAAAGUUCCAUGCAAGCUCCUUG